AUGAUGGAUAUAAAAUACAAGGGAUGGAACAAACACCAGCCAACAACAGGUCAAAAACUGAUUCAAAAGAACAUUAAUCACCCAACUCUACCAUUUAGAGAAGCCAGAUCAAUAACAACUAUCAAAGGAAGAGACUUAGCAUGGAGGUAUCUACUCAAGGCACUUCCAAAACACCAUGGGGAGAAUUGCCACUCAUGUAAAGAAGAAGAGUGGUCUAUGCACAUCUUCUUCGAAUGCAAAUCAAUAAAACAGGAUAUCGACUCAAUCUAUCAAAAGUGGUCAAAUUAA